CUCAAUCCGAUCCCUAUAACUGCUGCUUUCUUCCCCCGUGACUGGCCUCGACUUCAGUCUCUUUUGAUCCUUUGGCCUCCUUUGACAACAUCGUUGUGUCUCGUAUCCAGUUUGACCUCACUUUUCCUCGUCUGCGCGCCCCUAUCUUGAGACAAUGGCCGCGAAGGCAUCUCCUACGGCCGUCUCGGCCAACUCUGGAGCAGAGGAAGUCGGACUGUCGGAUCCUGGAGAUUCGCAACUACUAGCCAAAAUGGGCUAUAAACAGGAACUCCGUCGCCAGUAUUCCACCGUGCAAAUAUUCGCCGUCGCGUUCAGUAUUAUGGGACUAGUGCCAUCCAUCGCAUCUACACUUUCGUUUUCCUUACCCGCCGGGCCUGCAGGGAUGAUCUGGGGCUGGUUUACCGCAAGUAUCUUGAUCUUCUUUGUUGGAUUGGCCCUGGCCGAUAUGGCAUCGGGUAUGCCCACAGCUGGUGGUCUAUACUGGUGGACGCACUACUUCGCUGGAAAGAAGUAUAAAAAUGCGCUGAGCUUUCUGGUUGGCUACAGCAACACGCUGGGCCUGAUCGGCGGAAUCUGCUCUGUGGAUUACACUCUCGCGCUCAUGAUCCUCGCCUGCGUCUCCAUCACCCGCGAUGGCAGUUAUUCCGCCUCCAAUGGCACCAUCUACGGCGUCUAUGUCGGUCUCAUCCUAGUCCACGCCGUCGUCAGCAUCUACUCCGGUCCAAUCAUGCCGCGCAUCCAGACAUUCUGCAUCUUCAUCAACAUUGCCAUUAUCAUCGCUACAGUCAUCGCUCUGCCCGUCGGCAAAGUGACUCGCGGGGAGUCUCUCAACGCAGGCACUUGGGUUUUUGGGCACGUGGACAACGAGAGUACAUGGCCAACAGGGUGGAACUUCAUCCUCGCCUUCCUCGCGCCAAUCUGGUCGAUCGGAUUCUUCGACUCUUGCGUGCACAUGAGCGAGGAAGCCCUCCACGCCGCCAAAGCCGUUCCCCUCGGAAUCAUCUGGUCCUCUGGAUGCGCAUGCGUAUUUGGAUUCCUAGUCCUGAGCAUUAUCGCCUCGGUCAUGAACCCGGACGUCAACGCCACAAUCAACUCUGUGUUCGGCCAGCCCAUGGCCCAAAUCUACUACGACGCACUCGGCAAAAAGGGCGCGCUCGGAUUCAUGGCCGUGCUAAUCGUAAUCCAAUUUUUAAUCGGCCUGAGCCUGAUCACCGCUGCCUCUCGCCAAGCCUGGGCCUUCUCCCGCGAUGGUGCUCUCCCCUUCUCGAACUACUUCCGCCAUGUCAGUCGUCGCAUCCGCUACCAGCCCGUGCGCGCAAUCUGCGGCCUCGUUGCCGUCAGUAUCGUUUUCGGCCUCCUCUGCCUCAUCAACUCCGUCGCAGCGAACGCACUCUUCUCGCUCUUCGUGGCCAGUAACUACGUCGCGUGGGCGACGCCUAUCCUCUGCCGCUUGAUCUGGGGCAAGGAGCGCUUCAGGCCCGGAGAGUUCUAUACGGGAUUCAUGAGUCGCCCGAUUGCUAUUAUUGCAGUGCUGUGGUUGGCUUUUGGGUUAAUGUUGUCGAUGUUUCCCACGACGGGGCCGAAUCCGAGUCCAUCCGAUAUGAACUAUACUAUUGUUAUUAACGGGUUCGUGUGGGUCGCGUGCAUGACGUACUACUUCCUGUUCGCGCGCAAGUGGUACACAGGGCCGAAGAUGACAGUGGACGGGGUAGAAGAGGAGAAGCCAGAGUCAGAGACAGCAGAGAAGAGAGAUGAGGCGCAUACUAGUGCUUCCUACUAAUUAUACAGUUUACAUAUACCAAUACUAAUAGACAAGAAUGAAACAACUUGAUAUGUUAUAAUUCAAAUCAAAACAUCAUAUACAUUGGUAUCAAUCA